AGUAGUCGCGCUGGGCGGGAUGACCGGAACAACAAGAUGGCGGAGAGUGAAGACUUUCGGGAGCUGGUCCUGUAACACAGACCUCAGCCUGUUGACUGGUGAAACAACCGUGUUGCACAACACCAAAGCCAGCAUGAAUCUCCAGCAGCCAGCACCUCUCAUCCCCCCUGUCCACCCUGAUGUGCAGAUGAAGCCUCUGCCCUUCUAUGAUGUGCUGGAUGUCCUAAUCAAGCCUUCAAGUCUAGGAGCAAGUCCUACACAGAGGUACCACCAAGAAAAAUAUUUUAUCUUUGCCCUGACACCACAGCAAGUUCGGGAAGUAUGCAUAUCCAGGGACUUCCUACCAGGUGGCAGAAGGGAUUAUAUGGUUCAAAUUCAACUGAGGUUUUGUUUGUCAGAGACAAGUUGCCCUCAAGAGGAUAACUACCCAAACAGUCUUUGCAUAAAGGUCAAUGGGAAACUUUUUCCUUUGCCAGGUUAUGCACCGCCACCAAAAAAUGGUGUGGAGCAGAAGAGACCAGGGCGACCUUUGAACAUAACCUCCCUUGUCCGACUUUCCUCUGCAGUACCCAAUCAGAUUUCAGUGACAUGGGCACCUGAAAUUGGAAAAACCUAUUCUAUGUCUGUGUACCUGGUGAGGCAACUGACAUCACCACUGCUCCUGCAGAGGCUGAGAAUGAAGGGCAUCAGAAACCCAGACCACUCCAGAGCACUAAUUAAAGAGAAGCUGACAGCCGAUCCAGACAGUGAGAUCGCCACAACAAGCCUUCGAGUCUCACUCAUGUGCCCGCUGGGUAAGAUGCGACUGACAGUGCCGUGCCGAGCGGUGACCUGCUCUCACCUGCAGUGUUUUGAUGCCGCCCUCUACCUGCAGAUGAAUGAAAAGAAACCCACCUGGAUCUGCCCUGUGUGUGACAAGAAGGCUGCAUAUGAGAGUCUCAUCAUUGAUGGUUUAUUCUUGGAGAUCCUGAAUGACUGCUCAGAUGUGGAUGAAAUCAAGUUCCAGGAGGACGGAACCUGGUGUCCCAUGAGACCAAAGAAAGAGGCAGUUAAAGUCCCCUCUCAGUCAGUUCAAAAAAUUGAGCCCACAGCUCCUUUACGACAGUCUUCAGUAGUCCCCCAUUCUACUGAGCCCAGCACCACCAAGAAGGCUGAUGUGAUUGAUCUGACUCUGGAAAGCUCCUCUUCCUCUGAUGAUGAAGAGGACACAGACCCUCCUCCGAAGAAACGCUGUGUUUACAUUUCCAAGAACGAGGAGAUGCAUGCGAAGGGAGUGUUGACCUACCAGCCCACUGUGCGCAUGCCAAACGUCCAGGCCCUGGAUCCGUCCUUCCUGACCUCUACACUUGCUGACUAUGCAGUCCCCUUCCACCCAUCCACCCUGGCCACCAUCCCAACAGACAUGCAGAGUCUGGAUUUGUUUUCCUUAAUUCAAGCAGAUCCUCAGCAUUACAGGCCACAGAUGUUCCUGGACAACCUGACGAACAGCAUGCAAACUGCAGCUGCAGCCAGCACCAGCUCAGCCCUGGUCUCCUCCUCCAGCAGCCACUACGACACCAGCACCCAUGCUGCCAGCUCCUUCCACGAAACGCGGGUCAUCACAGGAGGAGGGGGCGUUGGAGGAGGAACAGACAGCAGCAUAUCAGAUAUUAUUUCACUAGACUGAGCCACGUCUCACUGGACCUUUUCAGGCCCCUUUUCUGUGGCCUUUUUAGUGCGGACUACGUGUUCAUGCCAUGUCAAGUUUUACACAGAGGCACCCAAAUUGGUAUACAUGACCACUUUGAUGACCUAAACAUUUUCAUGAUGUUAAAAACUGUAUCCAGGCAUAUUUCUUUUUGCCACUGGGUUUCUGAUUCUAAAUGGGGUUUGCGUCCUAUCUGCUACGGUAGGACGAUAAACGGUUUGAUUGCCAAGGACAACAUGUCGGUGAAUUAUCGUUUCUCUUCAAGUUCUCCUGACUUCAACAUUUGAGAAUCCUUCUCGUGCACUGUCAUACAUACCUUAUCACAUUAGAUCAAGAAGAAGGGAUUGAUUUAGCCUUGGUUUAGUCCAAUAUUCCCUGGUGGUUUAGCCUUGGUUUAGUCCAACAUUGCCCCAGUCUUUUGGGCCUUGGUUUAAUCCAGUAUUUCCUGGUGUUUUAUCCAUGGCUUGCUCUUCCACCUCCUUAGGAAAAUUUUGCAUCUCUAUGAUUUGCUAGAUGGGUGCUGUUGUGUACCAGCUAGGGAGCAUACACUUCACUGGAAUCAGUGGAACUAGUACCGGUAAUCCCUUCACAUUAUUUGUUUCAGUGUUCAUAUAAAUUUACUGCUUGGGGAAGUUUAUUUCGGAGUUUCUUCAUCUUAUAUUACACAGUCUCAUGACCUGAACAGUCUCUCUUUUGGUCAUGUGUAAAAAUAUUUUAAUAUCCCAUCCACCCACAGCUCUGUAGAGGUUUUCCUGGCAGAAAGAUAAAUUUCUGUAAUACUUUUUCUCUCCCAGUUGCUUCAGUGCUGAAAAUAUUUAGGAACAUUGAACUCUUCAUUUAUACCAAUUUGGUUACUCGAACUUACAUGUCAAUCUGACUUCAGCCUGUUCUGGCCUGGUUGACCGGAACUGUGUGCCUGAUUAGAGUCAGCACGGAUGUGACAAGAGCUUGGACUCUGCUUUCAGCAAGAGCUUGUUUCACACAUCCAUGCAAGUAAAUGACAGAAGUAGGAAGGCCUUGGUGAAAAACAUUUGUGGACUGAUAAAGAUAGUGUUGACUGUUAACAUGGAAGGUCAGUAAUUCAGAUUUUUUCAUUGGUUCUACCAGCUGUCAGUCAGUACCCCGAUGAGGGCUGUUACAGGGCAACUUUCAUGUCAUACCAACGUAAAAUGUUCCUUUGUAAUUUAGUCAGAGCAAUAAUAAUUUAACUAGUGUUUGGUUAAAUGAAGUUGUAAUUGUAGUUCAGAUACUCAGCAAACGAUUCCAGCUGGUUCAUACCACUCUGCCUCCCAAAUCCAAUCCUUUUCCUCCGUGUAUGGUCAAAUUAUUGGCUUAUAUAAGGUGCAAACAUGAUUCUGUUUUGUAAGAGAAAAACACUUAAAGGAAUAGUCAACUUGAGGCAAAUACGCUCAUUUGCUCUCUUUCAGAGAGUGAGAUGUCUAGCUAAUGUCCGUGUAAGUACAAACCUUGAGUCAUUAUGUUGUUAGCUUAGCAUGACUGGAAGUGGCUAGCCUGGCUCUGUUCAGAGUUCAAAAAUACUCCUACCAACACCUCUGAGCUCACUAAUUAACAUGCUUUACCCUGUUUGUUUUCUCCUUAAACAAAAAUAUAUAGCCCCUUUCCCACUGCACCAAAAACGUACUAACACUGGCUAAAAUGUGUUUUUUUGUAUGUAAUGGGAAAGGUUGCAAUCUGUAUUCACAGCCGCGUCAAAUAACUCAGCAGUAGUCGUGGGUAUUUAUUGGCUGCGGCUCCUAUCAGCAGUAAUAGAAAUACAACACCCAGGUGAACGUGCAAAUUUUAGCCCCUUUACCAGCAGAAGGCAGUGACAAGUCACCACAAAAUACCAUCUGUCAAGCAGCACUCAAACAUAAUUCCAUAUUUGGAAUGAGUCUGAGUUUAAAAGCCAGACUUCAUAAGAGAUAUAUAAAAGAAAUAACUAUUGUAACAUUUUCACUGGCCUCCACACUGCUUUGUACAGUUUACUAACCUGUUUUUCAAACCAAUGACAUCGAACACAGCUCUAAUCUACUGGCAAUGGGAAAGGAGUCUAUAGUCUAUAUUAAGCAGGCUUUGCCAUGUUUUUUUUUUUGUUUGUUUGUUUGUUUGUUUUUUUAAAGAUAUUUUUUGGGGCAUUUUAGCCUUUAAUCGAUAAGACAGACAAGCAUGAAAGGGGGAGAGACAGAGGGCGCGACAUGCAGCAAAGGGCCACAGGCUGGAGUUGAACCUGGGCCGCGUAAGUUAGCGUUGCCCUGGUUUCCUCGUCAAAAAUCUUACUGGGUUUUCCCAUUGGAUUUUAGAUUAACAAGUGCUUAUGAUGAUUAACGAUUUGUUCAGCAGGAUAAUCUUCACAAAUGAACACUAUUUGAUUAAUGACUUUUGAAACCUAAAUGCAAUGGCCAGAAGUAAAAAGCUAACAUCAGGCCAAAAUGAACAAUGCCACAGUUGCAUGACUAACUUCACCACCACAAUGAGACUGUUAGGCUGUGUUCAGUGCGAUGACGUUCUGUAGUGUCAUUUAGCAACUUGUUGGUAACCGCCUUUGUUAAGAAACAGAUAAAGUUCAUAAUUCAGGAGUGGGUUAUUUACUGAUGUAUUUUAUGUCGCAGAAUAAAAUACAAAUGUUUCUUCAGGUUGUGUUAACCACAGCCCUCAUUUCAGACAUCAAACCAAAAAUCUAUUCAGAAAAACCCAUUGACUUCCAGACGAGGGAACUGGGGGUUUAGAAAUGCUAACUCAUUUUGGGGUUUUGGAACUCAUUCCUUGGGCACUCUAUUGGGCAGUUCUUAUUGUCGAGUCCCGAAUAUGUGCUGCACCUGCCUAGCUGUUUCCUUUUCCUUCUAGUCUUUAUACUAAGCUAGGCUAACCACAUCUGACUUCAGCACUGUUCUUAAAACAGACAUUAAUAAUCACCUGCUCAUCUCACUUUUUAAAAGAAGGUAUUUCCCCAAAGUAUUUUAACUGCUCCUUUAAAUGUUCUCACAAAUGUGUGCAUCAGUUUUGGCGAGCAUGAGAUGGUGUUAGUGGAUUUUGACAUAAUGUGAAUGAAAUAGUUUGUCUGAUCUUUUUCUCUUUAGUUAAUAUUUAAAAGUCCACUCUGUAAUUCUUCUAAACUCUGGCCUCUGCUAUAUUUGGAUUUUAUCGUAUGUUAAUUAUGCUGUGUGUUAGUAUGGGAUGGAUGAACGUGACAUGAACAUUCGCUCAGUGUAAACACCUGAAGCCCACUUUCUCACAGUUGACAGCAAGCAGUAAGACGGAUAAACAGGGCAGCUACUAUAUCACACCUCCAUUAUCUGGAUUGCUUGUUUUGCAUGUGGACUUUCAGCCAUCAGGAGCUCAAUCUCAGGGACCUAUACUCCACUUUUCUGGGCUUGACGGACUGAGUGAAUGAAACUACUGACACAGAAACAACAUGUCAGUAUCUGUAACUGAAAUACAGAUGUGAUGUAAAAGUCCGGCUAACGUAUAGCAGUUUUUGGUCAGUGUUUUAUUCAAACAUGAUGCUAAUGUGUGCUAGAUGAUGUUGACUGCAAUUUCAAGUUUGCAUGUUAAGGCUGUUGUAAUGGUCAGUUCACCCAAAUUAUAAAAACCAGUUUUCAGAUAUCUGAGAAUUCAGUCUCCACAGAGUUUUGUUGACUUUUUAAAACAUUUUUUAGAAUCAGUGUCCCUGUUCAACACCGUCUCACAGAAAUAUGUGAUAUGACCUUUUAAGGUAUUACGUGGUGGUGGGCACGAAAUUUGUUAAAAUCACGUGCUAGCAAAAGAGCUGAUGUAAAGAGUAUUAGGAACAAUCGCAGUUUCCUUUAGAAACACAUGCUGUUUGGUGAGGUUUGGGGAAAGAAAACUGGUGUGUAAGUGAUGUAAACUUGCAUACUUUGAGUAGUUAUGUAAGGUACCUAUAUAAAGUGCUUUGUGUUGUCACAUAAAGUCACUUAACUAAAGGACUGGACCAUAUGUGAGUCCAAUCAGAUUUGGCUGUUCAAUACAACUAAUCAACGGUUCAUUUCUUUUUUUCCAUAUAAAGUGUUAUAGUUUGAACAGGGUCCAGCAGGACAUCCAAUGUGACAAUAAACAAGCUAACUGCGCUAACAACGGAUCAGAAAUGUGCAAUAUUUUUUUGCCGACACCAGAUAUCAAACAAAUGCCAGAGACUGUAUGGUAUGAAGUUGCUAUGAGCUGUAAAUUCAUCACUUGUAAGCAGAAGAGGGAAGAUAAUGUUAUCUCAGAGCCUUACGGUGCAGAGUCUCGCCUCCUCUGGUACACUGCAGCCUGUACCAAGUGCAAAUCCAGAGUGCCCACUCCAAAGCAAAAUCUGCGGACCAAAAUGUCCCGCCUUACACAGACUUUCUCGCUCUCAGUACCUGAUUCACGUGUCCACCAGGACAAAAGAUCCUUAUUGACUUUGCAUUGGAAUUGUUUUCAUGUUGCCAGCAUGCAAUUUUAACACAUUUUGCGCCCACCUCUACAUAAAGUGUUAAGUCUUCAUGUCCAUUUUACAUGUUUCUAUGAGACAGACUGGGCUGACCAGGAUGAUUCAGACGGGAGACAAUCUUUAUUUGAAGUACUGUGAAAACUGUCAACAAAACUGAUACCAAAUUCCAUUUUCUUACAAUGUAUUAAGGUGGAGGCAAAAGUGUCAGAGACCAAUAUCCCAAAAUGUUGAUAAAUAAAACCCCAACUGUCUGCAUGUAGAGAUACCACUGGUGGCAGGUGAGAAAAUAUGUUUUUUAUAAUUUUGGUGAACCAACCCUUAAUAAGUAUAGCAUAAUAAGUUAAAAGGUAAAAACAUGUAAGAUUGACAACACUAUAAAUUUAUUGUCCCACCUUUACGGCAUCUUCAUGCACGCAGAAUAAACAACAACCACCCAUGAGUGGGGAGUGUUUGUAUAGAGGUCACUGUUUUGUGAAGUUACUGAUUAGACUUUUGAGACUGUCUAUAUUUACCUGCAGGCAGAUGUUGGUGAAGUGGAUCUAUGGGAUUUUUAAAGUUUUUAUUUUAUACUCUUCAUAUGGACUUUGAAACAUAAUCAAGACCACUUGGACGUUUCUCUUUGGACACCAUGUUAACAGACUCAGAGAAAAGAGCUUGUUUGCUUCACAUUCAUGAGGUUUAUUACAAAAUUGUCUGUUUUCCUGUAUCUGUAAACUUUCAACAUUUUGAAUUGUGGUACCAUG